AUGGAAGCUGCAGUGGUGUCGAGUGGAAGCGGUCGCGGAAUGCGAAAGCAACCUCCCGCUCCUCGUCGCUGUGGGCGAAGACUAACUCCCACCAUGUCAGUGUUCAAGCGAUUUGUAGAGGUCGGCCGAGUGGUCCUGAUCAACUAUGGCCCUGAUGCCGGAAAGCUGGCUACCAUUAUCGAUAUUGUCGAUCAGAAUAAAUGUCUCGUCGAUGGACCUGCCGAGAUUACCGGUGUCAGCCGACAGGUGAUCUCCUACACCCGCAUCGCCUUGACGGAUUUCACUGUCAAGGUCCAACGAAAUGCCAGGCAAAAAACACUGAAGAAGGCAUGGACAGAAGGCGAUGUCAUGGCCAAAUGGGAAGCUACAAGUUGGGCCAAGAAACUCUCUUCCAAGAAAAAGCGUGCCAACCUGAACGACUUUGGUCGAUUCAAGGUUAUGGUUGCCAAGAAGCAGAAGGCUGCCAUUAUCGCCAAGAAGAUGGCCGAGAUGGCAUAA